AUGCCCGACUCUUUGGGUGAGGUCACUCCGGCCCAAGUGGUACAAGGCAUACGAGAUGCGAAUACAACGCGCUACAUCAGUGCGAUAGGGCUUGUCCUUUUGCUUUAUAACCACAUACUCAGCUUUCCCGACGAGGUAGAAUUUAUCUGGAGUGCUAGGUCUUCCUUCGCGAAACAUGUCUUCCUCCUGAACCGUUACGUCGUCUCAGUCGCACAAAUAUGUGUCGCGGUCCUCAUGAACCAUUUUACUGAUGACGCUCUACCUAAUGCUAGUUGUCAAUUAGUCAUCACUGUAGCCUUCAUCAUCGGAAUCUGCUCAAUCGCAAGCGGGAACGUCCUGGUGAUUCUGCGCGUCAUUACACUGUGGGACCGCGAUAAAUACAUUGCCUGGCUCAUGGCCAUCGGUUUCUGCGCUUCAUUCACGUCCACAGCAGUUUUCGCGAUCAUUGUCCUCGUCAAUGCAUACUCUGGUUUUAUGUACGUGCCCUUCGCACAUACCUGUGUGUCCACCAUCAAGUCUCCGGCUCUUCCUGGUGUCUGGGCUUCUCCGCUCAUCUUCGAAGUCAUGGUACUCACGCUGGUCAUCUAUAACGCACUCAACCGGCCUCGUGGGAGCACUACGCCGUUGCACCGUGUCCUGCUCCGUGAUGGGAUUCUUUUCUUUGCUUCUCUCGCAAGUGAGUUAUUUUGCCAAUUUGUAUGGGUUGCGUCCCUACUCAUGAGCUCGCUUGUCGCAGCUCUACGAACAAUAAAUUUAAUCGUGGCUAUAAUUUCAAGGCCAACCCUCGUCUUUAGCGGUGUAUUCUUCCUCUGGUCAAUGACGACACUCGUACUCAACCACUCGCUCCUCAACAUCCACAAAGCAUCGGCAAAGUCCGCACAUAUACGCCUACCAAGUCGUACAUCGUAUCGUGGACAUAGUCGACAGCCGAGUGACAUUCUCACACCAAGGCACACUGCUGGUGCAGGACCGGUGGCCUAG